AUGAUGUAUGGUGAUGUUCAAGCUGAACCCCUAAAACCCACGUACAUGCCAGUAUUUCUUACAAAGAAAGAGAGGAAGAAGUUAAGGAGACAGAGUAGGAGAGAAGCAUGGAAGGAGGAACAGGAGAAAGUGAGACUUGGAUUGGAAGCGCCGCCAGAGCCUAAACUAAGAAUAUCGAAUCUGAUGCGAGCUCUUGGCACGGAAGCGGUCCAGGACCCGACAGCUAUUGAGGCGAAAGUACGAGAGCAAAUCGCCAAGAGACAGAAGACACAUUUGGAGGCGAAUAAGGCGCGAGCACUUACGAAAGAGCAGAAGAGAGAGAAGGUGGACAGAAAAAUCCGCGAAGACACAACAAUGGGUGUUCACGUCGCCGCAUAUAGAAUCAAAGAUCUAUUUGAGUGCGCCUCGGCCAAAUUCAAAGUGGAAGUGAAUGCGCAACAAUUGCACAUGACAGGUUGUGUUGUGUUGCAUCGUGGCUGUUGUGUUGUUGUUGUUGAAGGCGGGCCCAAACAACACGCCAAGUAUAAGAGACUGAUGCUUAACCGUAUAAAAUGGGAAGAGGACAUGAUAAAGGAAUCGGACGGAACUGAAGUCCCGAACAGUUGUCAUUUGGUCUGGGAGGGCACCACAGCGCAUCGUGCCUUUGGGGAGAUUAAAUUUAAGGUAAUGCCAACGGAAAAGCAAGCGCGCGAAUUAUUCCAGAAACACAAAGUUGAACAUUACUGGGAUCUGGCUUACAGCGGAGCAGUGCUGGGUACAUCUGAUGAACCAUAG